AUGAGAAUUGUUUUCAAUGCAUUGAGGUGCAUUCUUAAUGAAAAGGAAGAGAAAUUAUGGUUCCAAGCCCUACCGAAAGUCGAAGAUGACUUGAAUAAUACAGUUAAUAAAUCGACAGGGUAUGCCCCAGUUGUUUUGAUGAAAAACGCGAAUAAACGAUUAACAGCUACCAUGAACCUAUUAAGCGAUAUAGUAGUAAAGCCAAUAGAAGUCAAUAAAGGAGCUCUUAGGGAGAAGCUCAAUGUUGCAACCAAUCAUACAAAGAAGAAAUUCGAUGAAACCCGAAAAGCUAGUUACCCGUUUGAAGUUAACCAAAAAGUUGUAAUGGAAGUGACACAACUAUCUAAUGGAGGAAAGUUGAAGCCAAAAUUUAUUGGCCCUUUUGAAAUCAAGGCUGUCUUACCGAAUGAUCGAUAUGUACUGAAAAGGAUAGGCGGCCAGAAUAGAACGACCACGGCAGGCCAGGAACAAUUAAGAAUUUGGCCUGAAGAUCCUUGUGAAUUGUGAAAUUUUCAAUGUGACAGUGUAUCUAACAAAAACUGUGAAAAUGUUAACUGUUUAAUGUUUGUAUCUAUCAUUGCACUACAAAAUCUAAUACUGUUUUAUACGAUUUGAGUUGAAUUAAUAUGCUCCGAACUUGAUAGCCUUG